AUGAGCAUUGAACUUCAUAAUGACCAUCAGUAUUGUUUCUUUUAUGCUUUUGCAUCUUUAGAAUCUCCAGCUGAUAUGCUUCGGAUGAAGAGUGCAUUCGGCGUGCGGAAGGUGAUGGAGUUCGUUGGCAGCCAUGGAGAUCCUGAGAACAUAGAAAAAAUGAAAGAAACUAAAAGAGGUGCAGUAUCUCUAAUGUACAAACUCAAAUUUCGUAAAACCUGCAGUGCUGCAGGUUAUGAUAUUCAAGAACUGAGGCCAAAAGAACGCAUUUUCAACAUUGAACAUAAAGUGGGAAAGAUCUUGAAGCUUAUACAGAAUAAUGGCCAAGCUAAAAAGGGUAAGAUCCCGGAAGACUCAAAGAAGAGAUCAGCACUCAUUGAACUUGUCGAGGAUUUUCACAAGCAGUACCAGUCGCUCUACGAACAAUAUGAUCAUCUUAGAACAGAGAUUGGGAAAAAGGCUCGUGGCAGAAAAGAAAAGGAAAGUUCUUCCUCUUCAUCCUCCUCUGACUCGGAGUAUUAUUCUCCUGCGGACAUAGGCAGCAGCCCCAUGAUAAACAUGUAUCUUGAAAAAUCAGAUGACACUACUAGAGAACUCGAUGUUGCAAACUUAGAAAUCACUGGGUUGAAGCAUAGAUUGGCCUCUGCUACCGCUGAAAAUGAAGAUUUACGUGCCAAAUACAGUGCAGCUUUACAAGAAGCAGAGACUGCCAAUGAGCUAAAUAAGGAACUUUCAGCUCUAAUAAAGGUGCAUGAGCUUCAUGAUGGUCAAGCAUCAGCUCAGAUGAAGGAGCUGGAGGGACAGUUAACUACGCUGAAGACUGAGAUGGAUUCGUUGUGCAGCCUGAAAAAGGAACAUGAGGCACAGAUUGAAAAGAAAGAAGCUGAAUCAAAACAGCUUCAAGAGAAGAACUCACAACUGCUUUCAAGGGUUUCGGAACUUGAACUGAUGUCAAAAGAGAAAGGAGAUGAGAUAUAUACAAUCCAGAAGAAAAUGAAGGAUAACGAGAAGAGUUUCACAUCUAGAAUUGAAGAUCUGAUGGCACAGGUCAACAAUCUGCAGCUGGAGACGAUGUCUUUACGUUCUCAGAAUGGUAAACUGGAAGCAAGUAAGCGGAAGGAAGCAUCAGCUCAAGCCAAGGGCUUGAAAAACCGAAUAAAUGUUUUGCAGAAGGAAUUGGACUCGCUCCGUGCUGAGAAAUAUCAACUGGAAGUUCAACUGAACAUGAAAACCAAAGAAGUUGCUGAAAACCUGCUCCGGACAGAAACUCUAGAAGGUGAAAUAGCAAGGAAGGCUAUAACUGAACAGGAACUGCUAAAAGAGAAAGAAGCCUUUCUUGUGCAGAGGGAGGACCUGGGACUGGAAGCAAACUCUCUUCGCAACCAAAAUUACAGAUUGGAAGAGCUGAUAAGAAGUAAAAACCAAGAGACAGAUCAGUUGCGAGAAGAAGGGGAGAGGAUGCGUACUAGAAUAUUCGAAUUGGAGGGGAUCUUAUUAGAUAGAGGGGAUUCCUUUUCUCCUUGUCAGAAAGAAUAUGAAGUUAGAGAGAAUGAAGCUUCUUCUCAGGUUAUGGCCCUGAAAUCACAGGUUUUGAGUUUACAACAGGCUUUGGAUUCCUUGAUGAGUGAGAAGAGUUUGCUGGACGCACAAAACGAGAGACUAAGGCGAGACGCUAUGCAAAUCCAGUUUCAGAUGGAAAGUGAAAUCCACAAUUUAAAAAGCAAGGUUGAAGAGCAGCAGAAAAUCCUGAAAGAAAAGGAGGACGAUAUCAAAAAGCUCACUGAAGAGCCUAAAUUAGUCAGACAUCAUUUGCUGGAUUCCCCCAAAUAUCGGCCAUUGGAUUCUCCAAAGUAUCGGUCACUGGAAUCCUCUAGGACAAAUCCUCAAUCUGUAGAGAGAAAGAUGGAAGAACUGGCAGAGAACUUCAAUAUGAAAAUGGAAAAUCAUAUCCGAAUCUUGUAUCAGAGGAUUUUAGUCGCAGAACAAAUACAUGCCGAAACCAAAGAUGGGUACAAGAAGAUGAAAGAGAGACUUGAUCAAGAAAACAUAGAGCUUAACGAAAAGACAGCAGCAUUUGAAGCUGAACUCGGGAAGAUCAGGGAUAUGUUAUUGGAACCAGAAGAAGAUGUAUUUUCAGGAGCAGAAGCAAUUCUCAAGAAAUUCGAGGAGGACAAGGGAAAUCUCUCUAGCCCCAUUUGCCGAAUCUCGAACGAGCUUCAGAUUGCGAAGAGAUGGAUCACAGGAACAAAAGAUGAGAUAAAAAGGUUGAAACAUAAUGUGGAUAGUUUGACAGCGCAACUCAAUGGCAAGGAGGAGAAGGAGCUCUUGUUAAGAGAAAAGGUGUGGAAACUAGAAGCAAAGCUGAGCAAGGAAGGAGGAGAGAAGCUGAAUUCUGUUGGUCAGCUUGAGAGAAAAGUGGUAUAUUUAGAGCAGCAGGUAAAAGACAAGGAAGAUGUUUUGCUAGGUCUCAGUGAGGAGAAGAGGGAGGCCAUAAGGCAGCUUUGCGUCUUGAUUGAUUAUCAUCGCGGCCGCUAUGAUCAUCUCAGAGAAGCAAUAUCAAAGAAGAGAAGGAGUUAG